GCCGGCCCCCAGUUCCGGAUUGCAGUGCAUGUUCGCUCCCUGCGAGUGCGUGAGGCGAGGGGGCAGAAGGACCAUGAAAAUGAUCCGGUUCCGGAGCUCGAGCAUCAGGUCGCUGAGCCAGGAUAUGAAAUGCACAAUCCGUCUUUUGGACGACUCGGAGAUCUCCUGCCACGUCCAGAGAGAGACCAAAGGCCAGUUUCUCAUAGAUCAUGUUUGCAAUCACUACUGUUUGCUAGAAAAAGACUAUUUUGGCAUCCGCUAUGUGGAUUCUGAAAAGCAGCGGCAUUGGCUAGAGCCCAACAAAUCUAUCUUCAAGCAAAUGAAAUCUCAUCCACCAUAUACCAUGUGCUUUAGAGUGAAAUUCUACCCGCAUGAACCCCUGAAGAUUAAGGAAGAGCUCACCAGGUACCUUUUAUAUCUACAAAUCAAAAGAGAUAUUUUCCAUGGCCGUUUGCUGUGUGGGUUUUCUGAUGCUGCUUACCUGGGAGCAUGCAUUAUCCAAGCUGAACUAGGUGAUUAUGAUUCUGAUGAACAUGUGGAUAAUUACAUCAGUGAAUUUAAGAUCUUCCCUAAACAAUCUCAAAAGCUGGAAAGAAAAAUUGGUGAAAUACAUAAAAAUGAAUUCAGGGGCCAGAGCCCAGAUGUCGCUGAAUUUAAUUUAUUAUUAAGAGCACAUUCUUUAGAAACUUAUGGCGUUGAUCCUCAUCCUUGCAAGGAUUCAACUGGGACUACAACAUUUUUAGGGUUCACAGCCACAGGUUUUGUGGUUUUCCAGGGAAAUAAAAGGAUACAUUUGCUAAAAUGGUCUGAUGUCUGUAAACUAAAGUAUGAAGGGAAGACAUUUUAUGUGAUUGCAGUUCAGAAGGAGAAAAAGGCUAUGUUAUCAUUCCAUACUUCUACACCAGCAGCUUGCAAGCAUCUCUGGAAAUGUGGUGUGGAAAAUCAGGCUUUUUACAAGUAUGCAAAAUCAAGCCAGAUCAAAACCAUGUCCAGCAGCAAAAUAUUUUUUAAAGGCAGCAGAUUCAGAUACAGUGGAAAAGUUGCAAAAGAAGUUGUUGAAGCAAGUUCAAAGAUCCAGAGGGAGCCCCCAGAAGUGCACAGAACCAACAUUACCCAGAGUCGUAGCUCUUAUUCUUUAAGCAAGCAACUCAUAAUAAACAUGGAACCUCUGCAACCACUCCAUCCAUCCCCAGAUGACCAGGAAGAGGUUUUUUCUGAUGAAGGGGAAGAUCCUCCUAUCAGUCCCCACCUGGUACAGCAUGAUCCCAUCCCUGUACUCCUUCCUGGAAGCCUUACAACUUGGAAGUCUGGCUCUUUCUCCAUUCCACGUGACACUCCCUCCCGGAUUCGUGCCCCCAGAUCUCUUGGAAUCCAGCUGCCGAAGGAAGAUGACAUUUCUAUCCCUGUGAUAUCAAGCUCUUCUACUAAAGAAACAGAUCAUGGUUCAGAUCUUUCAGUUGAAGAGGAUGAGAAAAUCAAAGAGGAACCUUUAACAAUUUCAGAAUUGAUGUACAAUCCAAGUACCAGCUUGCUCCCCACUCCUGUUAAUGAUGAGGAGAUAGACCUUCUCUUUCAAACUUCUCCAAGGGCAGAAAAUGGGAAAGAAGAUACAGAUUCAUUUGAGGAACUGGAGGCUGAUGAAAAUGCAUUUUUGGUUGCAGAGGAGGAAGAGUUGAAGGAAGCUCGAAAAGCGCUUAGGUGGAGCUAUGACUUUUUGAUGGGUAAUUUGAAGAUAAAUGCUGUUGUGAAGAGUUUUUCCAGACUUCUUUUUGUUGGGCUUGGGAUAUUGCUUGUGGUUUUCCCUCUACUACUUGUCCUUCUGGAAUCAGACCUUGACAUCUCCUUCCUCCAUGAAAUCCGCCAGACACCAGAGUUUCAGCAGUUUCACGUUGAAUAUUACUGUCCUCUCAGACAGUGGAUAGCCUGCAAAGUAGACUUCAUUAGCCACUUGUUUGGCAGCUCUUAAACAUUAAAAAUAUGUGCAAAACUAAGGGCUAUAUUCAAAACUAGUGAAUUUUAGUCAGUAUUUAGGUGCUCAUAAACAUCCUGCAGGUUAUCCUCAAUUAGUUAUUUGUUUUGAUAGACAGUAACUUCAAAAUUCUUACAUUUACUUUUCAUAAUUGAAUAAUUGUUAGAGAUGUAGUAGUGGCCUUUAAAUAACCAAAAAGCAGUCUUUGUUUUUAUUUGCUUUCCUGUUUUUAUCAGUAAUUGAACUGAACUGAAAGCUAUCAUUUCUAUCAUAUCAAGCCAUGAUGUCCUAAUUUUAAGCAUUAACAACAAAUGGAAGAGGAUGCUUUUGAAUAUAUUCCUUAGUAAAACAGUAUCUAUUAACCAAUGCCUAUAUAAGCAAAUACUGAUUGCUAGGGUUUUAUUAUUAAUAAUAUUAUUUUGUUUGAUUGAUUUUUUCAUUUAAAAAUAUUUUUAUGUCUUUACAAAUUUUGGUAAAUUUUUAGCAAAUACAAUUUCUGAAGAUAUUUAAAUGUACAGAUGAAUAAAUGCACAAGGACAUAUCAUGAAUUUUUAAAGCAUUUUAGCAUUUUUAAAAAAGAAGAAUAACAUUCUUCAGGAUCUGCACAAGAUGAUGAAUAAUUGAGAUGGAAAUUAGGUACGUCUGUUAGAUGGAAGUGAAAGACUAAUUUUUCAAAUAUCAAGUUUCAGAGGAACUACACAUUAGGAAAAAACAGUGUAGCUGUGAUUUGCAGGUGAGAAUUCCAAGGGAGGAGAAAAUACUUAGUCCUUCUUUGUACAUUGUUCAUUUUCUGUAUGCACAAUCAGCUUGGAAGGUUAUUUUCAGAAAAGAAUCAGUGGACGCAGAAAUGGUUAAGCAUUCUCUCCUGUCUGUUGAGCCUGUCCUGCACAUUUCCCAUGUCUCUGCAUUAAUAUUAACUUGCAGAUACAUGAUCAGUAUAAUGUGUAGCUCUAUGUUAGCUGUUCUGAAACUAAAGAGUGGGACAUAAUUUUCUCAAGAUGGAAAUUUGGAUUUUCCUGUGAUGCACUCAUGAAAGUUAUUUGCAAAGUAGCGCAAGUAUAGUUUUGCAGGAGAUUUAGAGAUUUUGAAUUAACUGAACAUGAUUAUAAGUUACAUAGAAAUGGUGAUUUUUUAAAAAAAAAAAAAAGUAAAG